UGGGACUUGGAGUAAUAACAGAUCUUAGAUGUUCCUGGAAUGAAGUCUGUGUUGUUGUGAGCGCUCUAUCCCGCGGGAUCGGUGGCGUGUGCCAAACUUGCCCUGUAAUGAUUAUUGUCCAUUCACGGACUGUAUGUUCUUGUCUUACAGAUCACAAUGUCUUACCCAAUUGGUUCUCAACCCCAAGCCAUGCAAGGCUAUGCCUCCAGUGGCAGCCAGUGGCACUCCGAAGUCUUUGACUGUUGUGAAGACAUGGGAGUCUGUCUUUGUGGAACAUUUUUCCCUGGUAGUCUUGCAUGUAAAGUGGCGUCAGACUAUGGCGAGUGCUUCUGCUUGCCAUGCCUUGGGGGCACUAUACUGGCUUUGAGGACAGGCAUUAGGGAAAGAUAUCACAUCCCGGGAAGUAUCUGCGAAGACUGUGUGUGUCUCACGUUCUGCGGACCCUGCACGCUCUGUCAGAUGGCCCGCGAGCUGAAUGAGAGGAAACGUUAAGACUGUACAAAGGGUUUUCGGAGAUAUGGCGACCAUCAAAGGACUGUUCACAUUUUACAAGACAAAAUGUUUCACAAUCUUCUCUGGUUGGAGUUGGAAAGAGAGUUGGUGUGACGUGACCACUGACCACUUCAUCUUUACACAUCUCCAGUGCGGGAAUAAGCAGCAGCAUUAUACUAUAUAGGAUCUGUACCCUACAUUACAACAUCAGCCCUGAGGCAUUUGAUGAUAUAUAUCCCAUAUAUAUAUUUUUUUUCCAAAUUCCUUGUAUCUCUCCAUGAAGCCUAUGUGUGACAUUAGCCUGCAGUAUAGCGGUCCUAAAAAGGCGUACUCCCGCCACGCCCCCUCCAUUGAUGUCUAUGGGAGGGGGCCUGACUGUCGACACGCCCCCUCCCAUAGACAUCAUUGGAGGGGGUGUGACGUGACGUGUUGUCACGAGGGGGCUUGGCCAUUCAGAAGGCUGGUAUGUUCAGAAGGCUGGGCCACAGGAGUACCCCUUUAAGAUGUGUUCCCUUUGUUUAAUUUUUGCGAUUCUAUUUUUGUUACUUUUUGUGAAAUGUUGUGUAUUUGCAUUGUAUAAAAUACCAUAAUAAAAAAAUAGUAAACAUGCUCGAAAAUGGUUCCACAGAGG